CGCGCGCAUCUCUACCUAACACGUACAAAAAGACAUGUGCAGUGCUGUGUUUACAAAAAGUUGACCAACCAAGCAUGAAACAAAAACUGUAGACAAUUAGUUUAAUUAACAAAAAUGGGUUUAAAAAUGCGUUUAAUUUGUUUAAUAUCCUUAAUUCAAGUUUUGAAAGGAGAUGAUUUACAGGACUUUGAGUUUUCGGAUCCAAAUGAGUUGUUAAUAGCCCAGGAGUCAAGGCAAUAUGAGACGAUAGUAAAACCACCUGUAAGGAUUUUGAAACCAAAUGGUGUGACGAAUUCCCAUAGACCUCAGUAUAACUUGGAUUCUCUGGAAGCGGAUCUGACGGCGCAAUUGGAUGAUUACUUCGAAUCGACAUCUAAACGGCCGGUUGUUAAAAACUAUAAGAUUAAGAUGAGUAAGGAAGGCAUGAUACGGGAUGCUGUGCUUCGGGCGUUGGAGAGGAAGGAUCAUGUGGGAAAGUUUGCUCAGAUCCUGCCCAUCAUCCGGGCUAUGUCUGGGAAUCAGAGGGUGGCGUUGGCGUCUUUAGUCGCCAGCCAGGUCACCACACCUCCUGGAAGGCAGCCUCUUAAUCUUUCUCAGGUGAGGUCAAUGUUCAAUAACAACAGCACUUCUGAUCUGAUGCUACCAAUCCUAUUAGAUACAGCCAAUUUGAUCCGUCGAGCAAUCAGACCCGGCAAAGAACCUCGAGAAGUUAACUACCCACAAACACUCUUUCAGAGACGCUCGUUCACCGAAGAUUCUAUAAACGAUGACAUGUUUGAUACUGAAGAUCAAGAAAACCAACCCAGCACAAGUACACAAAAUAUACUCCAAAAACAUCGCAAUUUCAGAAACAGAUCUCAAAGAAUUACGCAAACAGCAAAUAUAAUAGACGAAAAACAUGUUCAAGACAUUAAUAAGAAAGUAACAAAUAACACACAGAGUCACACAAAUGAAAAUCCUAAAGACACUGUAAAUACACUUCACGAUAUUGCAAUUGAUAAUAAUAGAACCGUAUCCUUUUCCACAACGGAGUCGUACAACAAGAACAGACAGGAGAGUAUAAGCCGCAGCGACAACGGCACCAUGGACCUGACAGCUGAUGCCACCAACCAAACGGUGGUCCAAGAUCUACCCAUCGCUGAGAAGUUCCGGUCGCUGAAUAGAUACAUGGAUAGAAAAGGUAACCUGAUCCGCCGCGGUACUUACAUGCCAAAGAUAUCACCACCAACGCGUCGCACUACUGCAGAACCUACCCUCGCAGCCAUAAGCCGCCGAAGACCAGUCCCGGGCAGGAAACUGCCCUCCACCACGGAUCAAGCUAAAUGCGAACUGUUUACUAACACUCUUUGUUUGCAUACUGAUGAUUAUCCAGCAGAUGCAAUAAUAUCCAGUAUAAGGCGCAACAAGGCAGCGGCGGGGGCGCUGCUAGCAGACUUCAAAGACCCUGGCGAAGGAGCUGUUGAUGGCAUCACCCCUGCUCAGGAGGCGAAGUACACCGCUGAACACUAUCUUGUUUCUAACAGGCGAGGUGACACAGCAAACCGUGAUUUCGCCAGCGCAGGGGAAGCCGGGUUCAUGUGCCCGAGCACCGUGAAGUACGCGCGGCCGCAGCGAGCAAGAGCAACUUCAGGGCAGUGGAAGUACAUCGUGAACACCGGAGAACACACGCAGACGUUGCGGCUCGAGAAAUGCUUGAAGCCAAAAGAAUCCUGUACAUAUCUGACGGACAAUUUCAAAUCAAAAUGCGUUCAAGUUUACAACUAUCACAGACUUCUAACAUGGGACCAGCAGAAUGGCUUACACAUGGAUAUAUUCAAAGUUCCUACAUGCUGUUCCUGUCACAUUGAGGGGUACAGCGUAUCGUUUCCACCUUUAGGCCACAGAAUGCAUGAAACAUCCUCCGAACAUUUCCCUGGCGAAGACCUAUCAUCUGAACACGGCAAUCAAGCGUUUGAAUCCGUACAGUCCAGCAUACAAAGACCAAGUUUAUCUAAAACCCCAUUUAGCCUUAAUAAGCCAAUAGCCGUUGAUCCAUUCCCAACAGUAGCGGACAGUCACAAUUCUAUACUAGAAUCGGCGUUCAAUAAUGCUAAAUUAAAUGACAAUGACGAAUUCAAUAACGUGCCAUCAAGUCCAAUUGAUUCCUAUGGCAAUACAUAUUUCCCAGAUUCGUUUAACCAAGCAAGUUCAGUAAGAAAUAGUAAAAGACCGGUGCCACGAAAUCCUUCAGGCUUAGCUGCAUUAGAAUCUGUUACACUGCCCAGCUAUUUAGAACCUCCGACGCCAGCGGCACCGACAUCAUUUUCAUUUUCCAAAGAUAGUUUUAAUAAAUAUAAAGCAAUUGACAGCCAAUUCAAAAGAGGCCCGAUUAGACCAAGUCGAAGACCUAUAAGGAAGAAGAUAUCUACGGGUCCAGAAGAUUUAGUUUCUUCUGGUACGUCUGCUAUAGGCGCAUACGAUUUCGAUAGCUCAACCGAUUUCAAUGAGGACCUCGAAGAGACUGAAAUAAAUAUUAACACUAAUUUUAAUCCACGAGUAACAAUAUCUCCGAAGCUUCAAGCUGCGACAACAGAGAGAAACUUUACAAUUUUUAAGCCAUUUGAUCAAAGUAAGAUAGGGAGAGAAGAAUCUCCGAAUGGAAAGAAAAUAAAUUACAACUAUCAUCCUAUAAUUGAUUUCUUUGAAGAUGACGAUAAGAACCAGGAUUCAAUUGAUAGAGAAGAUAAUGUUCAAACGUAUGUAGCAUCAUCUGAAUCGGAAUGGAAGCCAAUAAACAGACCAUUAAUGGAUUCAAAAACAACAAAUUCGAUAGGACGAAAAAAGCAUAAGUAAUCUGUAUUAAUAAUAUGGAAAUGUGUACUUUAGAGCUUAAAUAGGUUAUUAUUUUAAUUUAUAUGUAUAAUAUACUAGCUGACCUACUUGACUUCUCUUGGAUAAAAUUUCUAAAAGGAUUCUAGGUUAUUGAGGAAACCUACCUGCAAAAUUUCAAAGUAGAUCAUAAGCUGAAUGUGGAUACAUUCAACCAAUUUAACCUUUUCCGAUAUAUUGUAUAGAUGCAGUUUUAAUAAAAAGGUAGAAGUUAUUUCGACAGUACGAGCUUUAACCAGAUACAGUAAUAGUAUAUUUAUAAUAAUUGUUAACUUACCUAAACAUUAAAAAC